UGAUUUCCAUGAAUUUCUGAAUCAUUUUCUCUUUCUCCUUCCCUUCCCCCUUUCCAGCAUAAGCUACAGGGUUAGGGUUCUUCUUCUUCAGUUCUUCGUCUUCUCUUUCAUUUAUUUCGUGUUUUAAAAUAUAUACAGAGAGAGAGAGAGAGAGAGAGAGAGAGAGAGAGAGAGAGAAUCACAUAGAAAAAUCCGAACAGAAAAAGCUUAUCUGAUUUCAGAAAUGGUAAACAAAUUUUUAUUUUUCAAUUUUUGUAUAAUUUAACUCUUUAGCUAAAAAUCCUUCCAUUUUGGGGAGCAAAGGAGAGAUUUAUGCACCGUUGUUGGUGGAUUGGGGAUUUUCUGUUAUAAAAUGUAAUUGGUGUUGUGUUUGGUUGAAUUCCUGUAUGAAGAAGAAGAGAGGGAAUUAGGGUUAGCGGAAUAUCGGAUUUAGAUUGUUGGUUGUGUUUUCUUCAAGUUUGAAUUGUGGAAAAUUGUUGUUCUUCCUAUGGUGUAUCAGAUGCUUCAUGUGAGAGUUGUUUGGAUCUGCUAGAAGGGAAUGUGUGAUUACCGAGGGAUCCUCUGCUUCGUCGUAGAGGAUCCCUGUUUGAACUUUUUUUUGUUCUUCUAAAAAUUUGUUCUUUCUUUACCUCGAGUGUCAUCGACAAUGAGAUUGGAAGUGUCUUGUUGUGUGAUGGGCGGGGAAGGUGGUUCUGGUUUCUGAAGUUCAGUGAAGUGAAGCUUGGAAGCUUGCGUAAAUUCAGUUGUGUAGUGUGGUUCUUCUUUAUUUGAGGGAACAGAAGCGUGAGACUGUAUAGUAUACUCUCCCUCUCUCUCUUGAUCUUCUCGAAAGAUUGGAGCCAAUGUACGCUUCGGGUAUAGAUUCACUACCAGAAACUAGUGAAGUUGCAGGUACAGUGGCAAUCCCUACACGUUUCGUGUGGCCUUAUGGGGGAACCAGGGUCUUCAUCAGCGGUUCUUUCACAAGGUGGUCAGAACAUGUGCUAAUGUCUCCAAUGGAGGGUUGUCCCACCGUAUUUCAGGCUAUAUGCAGCUUGACACCAGGAUAUCACCAGUACAAAUUUGUUGUUGAUGGUGAAUGGCGGCAUGAUGAGAACCAACCUUUUGUGACAGGGAACUAUGGGACAGUUAACACUGUUCUGUUAACCAGGGAACCUGAUCCAAAUACAGCAAUCUUGUUCCCAGAGACACCUGGCUCCAGGUCCAACAUGGAUGUGGAUAAUGAUACCUUUUACCGUGUGGUCACAUUAUCAGAUGGUACUGUGCAGAAGGCAGUGCCAAGGUUUUCAGAAACUGAUCUGGAGGUCUCUCGCCAUCGUAUUUCUGCAUUCUUAUCCACACAUGAAGCUUUUGAGUUGCUUCCUGAGUCAGGCAAGAUCAUUACCUUGGAUGUCGAUGUACCUGUUAAGCAAGCAUUCCACAUUCUCUACGAGCAGGGGAUUCCCAUGGCUCCUCUUUGGGAUUUCUGCAAGGGGCAAGUUAUUGGAGUUCUUACUCCACUGGACUUCAUCUUAAUCUUGAGAGAGCUUGGGAAGCGUGGGUCAAAUCUUACGGAGGAAGAGCUUGAAACACACACUAUCUCUGCUUGGAAGGAGGUAAAGCUACAUCUUAACCAGCAUGUUGAUGGAAAUGGCCGAGGUCUAAGACAUCUGGUCCAUGCUGGACCCUUUGAUUCUUUGAAAGAUGUUGCCUUAAAAAUUUUGCAAAACAAGCUGUCCACCAUUCCUAUUACCCAUCGGGGCUCAUACCCAGAGCUACUGCAUCUUGCUUCUCUGUCAGGAAUACUAAAAUGCAUUUGCAGGCAUUUUAGACACUCUUCUACCUCUUUGCCUAUCCUGCAACAACCAAUUUGCUCAAUUCCUUUGGGUACAUGGGUUCCAAGAGUUGGGGAAUUAAAUGGACGGCCAUUAGCAAUGCUGAGACCAAACGCUUCUCUUAAUUCUGCACUCUCACUAUUAGUUCAAGCUGAAGUUAGUUCAAUACCAAUAGUUGAUGAGAAUGACUCAUUACUGGAUAUAUAUUCUCGAAGUGAUAUCACUGCUUUGGCAAAAGAUAGAGCUUAUGCACAGAUUCAUCUUGAUGAAAUGAGCAUACAUCAGGCGUUGCAACUGGGACAAGAUGCAAGCUCUCCUUACACAUUCUUCAAUGGACAGAGAUGCCAGAUGUGCCUUCGAUCUGAUCCUCUACAUAAAGUGAUGGAGCGGUUAUCAAAUCCAGGGGUGAGGCGACUUGUCAUUGUGGAGGCUGGCAGCAAACGCGUGGAAGGUAUUAUUUCGUUGAGCGAUGUGUUCAGGCUCUUGCUUGGUUAACUAGAAGCCAAUCUCGAAUUUCUUAUGCAAAAGGGUGUUGCAUGAUGGUCUCUUUGAAUCCCCUUCCAAUUCUGGUGAAUCUUUCCACCUGCUCUGGCCCCUGCUGCCCUUGUGAAUGACCUAAUUUAUUCUAUGGGUCUUUGUUUGGUAGGGCCUCAUGUUUCUGAGCAUGGUCUGCUUAGGCUACAAGGCUAAAGAGAGAGAGAUCUGUAAAUUGAGGGUUUGAUUUUUUUAGCCCCUUAUUCAUUAUUAACAUUGCCUUUCUAAUUAUUAUGAACUAAAUUGUGCUGCUGA